AUGUAUACAGAAAGAAUCCUGUUAAUUAUAACACUCACGGCUGUAGCUGAUGCCGUACAAAUCGAUACACCUCUUUUUCUCACCGCUUUCAUUAAAGAAAAUAAAACUGAGGAAGCGAGAAACGCCUCUCUGGUAAAUGCGGACGAAUUUCUAAACAUCACAAGUUAUUCGGGUUUCUUGACGGUUGACGAUAAAUAUGAUUCUAAUCUAUUCUUCUGGUACUUUCCCGUUGCUAAUAAAGAUUUAAAGACGACUCCAUGGAUUAUUUGGCUCCAAGGAGGUCCGGGGGCUACAAGCUUAGCUGGACUCUUCGAUGAAAUGGGUCCAUUCGAAUUGGAUAACGAUUUGAAUUUAAAAAAACGAAAAUACACGUGGACGGAUGAGUUCUCAAUGGUAUAUAUAGACAAUCCCGUAGGAGCUGGCUUCAGUUUCACGAAACAUGAAGAGGGUUAUCCGAACAAUAUGGAUAUGUACACCGAAAACCUAUAUACAGCAUUGAAUCAACUGAUCGUAUUAUAUCCAGAGUUAAGUGAGGCGUCUCUGUAUAUAGCUGGUGAGUCCUACGCUGGGAGGUACGUGCCAGCAUUAGCCGAGAAAAUUAUGAAAGAGAAAGAAAGCCACAUUAAUUUACAGGGUAUCAUGCUAGGUAAUCCUAUAUUAGACCGCGAGAGUCUUAUCGAUUACACUCGGGCGUUCUACUCCUGGGGACUCAUAGACGAGCAGGGCGCUCUAGCAGCAAAACCUCUACAGGAGCAGUUCCAUAAGGAAAUCAAUGAAGGGAAUGCCAAAGAGGCAUAUAAGCUGCGCGACGAUCUUCUCGAUAAGCUCCAAGGCAUAGCAGAACAAUCAUCUCUAUACAACGUCAUCACACCCACAGAAGGUUUGGAACACUUCGUCAAUUUCAUCACAAGUACCAAAAUCAGGAACUUGAUCCACGCUGGGAAUGUGACCUUUGAUUUUUCAAACCACGAGGUCCACACACAUCUCGUGGCAGAUUUCUUGGCCCCUGUUUCCAGUAAAUUGCUCGCUGUUCUUGAACACUACAGAGUUCUUAUAUACUGCGAUGAAUUGAAUCUCAUGUUUUGGUUGUCUAAAAGAAAUUUAUUCACCAGCGGACAGUUGGACCUCACGACUCCUUGUGUUCUGAACAGCGAAGCUCGCAGAAAGAGAUGGAAUUGGUCUGGGAAAGAUGAAUUCCUUAGAUCACCACGAACACCGUGGUGGUUCAACAAUAGCGUGGCCGGCUUCGUGAAGUCAGGCGGACGCUUCACGGAAGUUCUAGUAAAGGGAGCCGGACAUCUCGUGCCCAGGGAAAAACCGGCUGAAGCCAAAACAUUAAUAUCAUACUUCAUCAAUGGAACAGCUCUACCAAAACCACCUUCGUACAUAAUACGCCCUGAAGACACUCCGUACUAUGAAGAGUACUUUGACCUGAAAACAUCAAAAAUUACCCCAGCCAUGGAAGUAAAGUCUGGUUUAAUAGCUAGUGUAGUAAUAAACGUUCUACUAUUAGCUGGUAUCGUUUUCGGAGUAUACAAGUUUCUGAAAUGGAAGAGAGAAACCGAUUAUUUCUAUUCCCCGUUAAACGACGGCAUUUUAACCAUGUCGUAG